CUGAUCCUCCCUCCCAGACACCGGCAGGAAGUCGGCACUCAUCCUAGGACAAGCCUGGGCUCCGCAGCCAGCGCAGAACUCUUGAAAAACUCUUGAAAACUCGUGAAUGAGACAGUUCGCUGUCUGCCACCCCUACCAGCAUGAGCGGCAACAGGACAGACUUUACCACUGGCUACCUCUCCUCUGCUGUAGCAAUUCUCUUGUAUGGUUCCAACUUCGUACCACUUAAAAAAUACGACACGGGUGAUGGGAUGUUUCUUCAGUGGGUGCUCUGUGCUGCCAUUUGGUUGGUCGCCUUGGUGGUCAACUUGAUACUCCGCUGUCCCAAAUUCUGGCCUUUUGCAAUGCUCGGUGGCUGCAUUUGGGCAACAGGGAACAUUGCUGUCGUCCCAAUUAUCAAAACCAUCGGUUUAGGUCUUGGGAUCCUCAUUUGGGGAUCAUUUAAUACCUUAACUGGCUGGGCAAGUUCAAGGUUCGGUUGGUUUGGGAUGGAUGUGGAAGAAGUCUCGAACCCCAUGCUGAAUUACCUUGGAGCUGGGCUGUCCGUAGUAAGUGCCCUCACGUUUUUGUUCAUCAGAAGUGAAGUUGAGACUAGUCCAAGCAGUGUGGACAACACGCCACUGAUAACAGAACCUGUGAUCAACACAGCCGAAGACCCCUGUGCCGAUUCCUCCUGGGUGGAUAGACUUUCUGCCAAGUACCACCGCAUUGUGGGCUGCAGCCUUGCAGUCAUAUCCGGGAUACUCUACGGAUCAACAUUUGUGCCGAUCAUUUACAUCAAGGACCACAGCAAAAGAAAUGAGAGUGUAUAUGCGGGCGCUAGCCAGUUUGACUUGGACUACAUUUUUGCACACUCCAGUGGCAUCUUUCUUACAAGUACCGUCUACUUUGUGGUCUACUGUGUAGCCAUGAGAAACAGGCCAAAUCUGUAUCCUGAGGCCAUCUUACCAGGCUUCCUGUCGGGGGUGCUGUGGGCCAUCGCCACCUGCUGCUGGUUCGUAGCCAACCACUCGCUGAGCGCCGUGAUCAGCUUCCCAAUCAUCACUGCUGGUCCUGGACUUAUCGCUGCGCUAUGGGGUAUCUUCAUUUUCAAGGAAAUACAGGGUCUCCGAAACUACUUACUAUUGUUGCUGGCCUUCUGUAUCAUCUUGUCUGGGGCCUUGUGCACGGCUUUUUCCAAAAUCUAACCUAUUCACAACAUGACCAGCAGGUGGCAGCAGUAGCUAGAAGAGCCCCUCUCCCGCACAAGGGAAUACUGCUAAACCGGCUGUAUAGCAAUGGAUCUCUGCCACUCUGGGAAUAAAUGGAUAAAUGACUGUUUAUUCCACAAACAUGAGAAUGAAGAGAGACCGUGAAAAGUCCUCCCGAUGAACUGUUAACGAAGGCAGGACUUCUCUGGGGAGCUCAAACACAAGCUGCGUUCUUGGUUCGCCCUGUCUGAGGGUGCUGAUUCCAUCAGUGUCCACUUCGCGUUAUAAUCCAGAAAACAGGAUGGAUUUUGUACAAAGGAAAUUGCCACCCACAUUUAUAACAUUAAUGAAGAGGAGCAGAAACAAAUACUUCGUCGGCUGAGGGAAGAAACAGACUCACCUUAUGGAAUUCAGGUUCGAAGAUACCAGGGCCCUUUGCUAGAGAAAGUAAAUGUCACAGUUGCUAACUGAAUGUUUAAAAGGCUAGCUCAUUAUUUUUAGCUAAAAACUGCUUUGACUUUAACAUUGUUCAGCUCUUAACAUUGCCUGCCCCUCUUAGCUCAAAAUAUUUUGAUAGUUAUUCCAGAUAAAAAUCCAUCCCCAGAGAGCAAGUCACCAACGCUCACCAUAUGUGUGAUGUAAUUCACGAGCACACCUAUGGUGCGCAUGGUUGCAGAUUUGAAGAACAUUCUAGAGUUGACAGAAAUAAAGGUUUUACUUCAUCAGGUUCAAUUUAAAGGGAACAUGCUCGUUGGACUCCUAUAUUUUUGUUUCUAAAAUGCCAUUACUUAAAAUCAAUUUCAUCAGAAGUGUUUUGUUUUGACCCUAUCUUAAAUGAUUUCCAGGAGACAAAAGGGCACAGCAAAUGUAUUGAUGUGAUUCUUUAAGAAAACAACCAGCCCUGCAAGCACACUGCUCAUCACCGUGGCGUCUGCACCCUAAACAUAGCAACCACGUUUGGCUGUGUCUCUUGCCCAUUCCCUCCUGAUACUGUAGUCCCCUGGCUGUGCUAGAGAAACAGAAUAAUAGCAUCCUUCACCUGACGAUGCUCCCUCUGAGUUAUGCGGCUCUGGACCUUAGCAUAUCAUGCCUCCUGUGAUGGGCGAUUAAUGAUAUCAUGUGUCUUAAAUUCUGUUGUCCAGGGUAGUUCAAUCCAUAAGUAUGUCCACCAAUGUCUUGUUGUCUGACAAACAUUCUAAACAUGUUUGCUAUUGUUAUUACGUGUUAAUCAAGGGGAAUCAAAGCUUAUAGAUAGGGAAAAAAAUCUUGGAACUUAUCAAAACUAUUGAUCUUAUUACUCAUCCCUAUUUGCCUCUCCAAAUCAGAAAUGUCACUGAAUCACUAACCCAGACAAUAUUUGAUAAUAAUGUCUUUUACCCAUUUUAGUUUUUACUUGAAAUGUCAUUAAAUUAUGCUGAUAUGACUUCUGAAUAAA